AUGUCGUCGAACACCCCGGCCGGCGUAGAUGUCAAGCCUGAUGUCGAAAUGAGUGACAGCAUUGCAUCCCCGCUCCUCGGCAAGCGCAAGCGUAGCGAAGACGAGGACGACACCGCCAGCAUUUCCGACGAGAAUGAGGACAACGAUGACAACGACUUGUUCAUGCCCGAUGAUGAAUUCAUCGUCCCUGACGAUGACAGCGAGGAUGAUGAUGAGGAGCGGGACACUCCCGAUGACGACAAUUCUGACAAUGACGUCGAGGACCAUGACGUUCCCCAGGAGCCCUACUCCGAGUCAACCGAGACCUACCCUCCAUGCGCCAUCUACGAUCUCGGCAUCGACAGCAUUGCUGAGAGGCUAGUUGGUGUGCCCAAGCAAGUAUUGGACAUUAUUUCAUGCUUUGGUGGAAGUGGCAAGCACGUUGACACCCUUGUUGGGGCCGCGAAGAAGCUUGUCACAGUUCCCAAAAACCUCAAGGUUCGCAUAGGUCUGCUUGGAGAUGCGGGAGCAGGAAAGAGCUCUUUGCUUAACUCCUUAACGGAUCUCGACGAUCUGGCGAAGUCCCUCUCCGGCGGCCAGUCCUGCACUUGCGUCCCAACAGAGUACAGCAGUGCUUUUCCAACGCAGCGCAAGGCUUUUGCUGCGAGUAUCCGUUACUUUGAUAUCAAGAAGAUUCGAAGCGUGCUGGAAGGGAUGCUGGAUGACUACAACCUUUUCACCUUUGAAAAUGAUAGAGACUGGGACGACGAACAGCGCACCCAGUUCAAGCGAGCCAUGCAGAACGCUCUCAAAACUUUUCGGGUUUUGUUCUGCGAUCUCACGGAGUUCAAGGAUGACAAUGUUGCCAAAGAAUUCCUCAAGGCCAACUGGCAGGAUACGAGCGUCGACGCCAUCGGAAUGUUUCUCGAUUCUUGCGAAAAGAAGUUGAAGGACAAGAUCACCCUCAAUCUGGGAUAUGCCGAAUUUAUCGAGGCGUCUACCCGCACAAGACUGAGAGAUCUCGUCGACCCACUCACAGGUGCCAAAGCGAAGGGCGACAAACCAGCGCUCUGGCCGCUGGUGCGCUACGUCGGCAUUGGUGUUCGUGGAUCCAGAGUUUUAGAGAAUGUCACGAUCGUCGACCUUCCUGGCAUUUCGGACACCAACAACGUUCGAGUAGAGCUGUCUAAACAACACAUCAAGCUUUGCGACUAUCUCUGGGUCGUGGCACCAGUCAAGCGCGUAGUCGACGACGGCUCCGUUUACAACAUCCUUGCCAUGUACGGACAACGCUUCAAGGGCAAAGUGGCAGUCAUCUGUACUCACGCCGACGAAAGCGUUGAUCGUAAACUCGCCAACCAUCUGGAGGACUCGGGUUGCGAAGUGCGUCCCUAUUUCGACUAUACUCAGCAGUGGAAAGACAAGAAGAAAGAGGUCACAAAAUGCAAAAAAUCCAUCAUAACCAUGCGCAACCGCAAGAAGCCAACUAAGCAAAUGAUCCUUGACGUCCAGACUUCCGAGGACAAGCUCAAAGCUCUCAUUCUCCAGCGCGAAGCGAUCGAUGCCACGCGGUUCGAGUUCCUCGUCAAAGCGAGAGCUACUUUCAUCACUGCCCAGUUGCAAGAGGAAAUGCAAUCUCAUCUCCCCGGUGGAUCUGCGCUUACUACUUUCUGCGUCUCCAACAGUCACUACGGGUCUCACAAAGGUGCUGUCAAGCUGAGUGGCCCUCGACUCUCCGUCGAAGCCACCAAAGUUCCCGUUCUCCGUGCACAUGCAUUGUCUCUGCCCGCCCCACUACUGAUGGGAUCCUUGAGCGCUUUCGCGAACCACACCAUGACGGUGUUCCUGAAAAGCGCUCACAUGUGGGUCGACACUACGAACGUGGAGCGCCGCAAGGAGUUGCUCGAACUGGUCUUGAGUAUUGUCAAAGCCCUGGAUGCAAACAAGAUCAAUAUUCUGGAAGUUGCUCUCCAGAAGUUCGAAGAGAAGAAACAGAAGCACAGUGCUUCGGUCCGGGCAUUCAUCCGCAAGAAUGGCAAUCAUUCAUCCAAGUUAUGCCCAAAGGACUGCUGGAAUGAGUCUUUCACCCGGGCCAUCCAUCAACUCGUAGAUACCGAAGGCCAGUCUUGGGGAGAGGACUUUCUGAGCAACAUGGACGUUACCAAAGGCUGGAUUAUCGCUGAUUUGCAGCGUGUACUAGUCUCAAUCGGAGAGCAGCCGUCCGCUACUGUGCUACCGAUGACAAAGAUCAAGGAGUUGAUCGAAGCGCAGAUCGUCGGCGUGGAGGAUAUUUUCGACGGCAUCGUUACAGAGUACAAGAAGGACUUUGGAAAUAUUGCGCUGGACAUGACCCAGGAUAGCGAGAAGAACUACUUCAGCCGCUCCAUGCAGCCAAUCUAUGAUUCCUGCAAGAUGGAUUCAGGCACGGGCGUCACGAGACGCUCUCUGGACAAGCUCGAGGCUCAUCUCAACAAGACCAAGGAGGAUUCGCCGUUCACCGUGCUUCAGCACUGUGCAGUUAAGGCUAUCAUUGCCAACGACGAGAAGCACGUCAACAAGUACCUCAUGGCCAAGAUCACGAAAAUCUACAAGGAGACGCAUGCGGCGUGUGACAGAAUGGUCGGCAAGAGCACUAUUGAGGAUCCCAAGGAGGCCAAGGCCCGUCUGUCGCUCAAGGCCGCCAUUCCCAAAAUCCAGAUCGAGCUUGACGCGGUCAAGAAGGAUCUGUUGGCGGUCAAGCAGAAGUACGCUACUGUUGUGAUGCAGUGA